AAAGCGGAAGUAUGGGACUUAAACGGGUGCCGUGCCCCGGAAGGUCAGCGUGUGAAGGAGCUCGUAACCUGGGUCUCCCUGCCGUUUUUAAGUAGCAACGGCCAAGCAGACGACCCGGCCUGAGGGGCUGCGGGAAGCAGACCGGCAGGGAGCUACGAGACUAUGGAGGGAGGCGGUGGAAGCGGCAACAAAACCACAGGGGGCUUGGCUGGCUUUUUUGGAGCGGGCGGGGCAGGUUACUCGCACGCGGAUUUGGCCGGAGUUCCCCUGACUGGUAUGAAUCCUUUGUCUCCUUAUUUAAAUGUGGAUCCUCGAUACCUUGUGCAGGAUACAGAUGAAUUUAUUUUACCGACUGGCGCUAAUAAAACCCGGGGCAGGUUUGAACUGGCCUUCUUUACCAUAGGAGGAUGUUGCAUGACAGGUGCUGCAUUUGGGGCAAUGAAUGGUCUACGGCUAGGAUUGAAGGAAACCCAAAACAUGGCCUGGUCCAAACCAAGAAAUGUACAGAUUCUGAAUAUGGUGACCAGGCAAGGUGCACUUUGGGCUAAUACUCUAGGUUCUCUUGCUUUGCUUUAUAGUGCAUUUGGUGUCAUCAUUGAGAAAACACGAGGUGCAGAAGAUGACCUCAACACGAUAGCAGCUGGAACUAUGACAGGCAUGUUGUAUAAAUGUACAAGUGGUCUUCGGGGGGUAGCACGAGGUGGUCUAGCAGGACUAACACUUACCAGUCUCUAUGCAUUGUAUAAUAACUGGGAGCACAUGAAAGGCUCCUUGAUCCAGCAGUCACUCUGAAGAUUUUGCCAACUUAUGAAUGGAAGACAGUUUAGUAGUCAUCCAAACCAAUUUAUAAGUCAGCGUGGAAUUAUUUUCUCU